GCGCAGCGUCGCUGGCGGCGUGAAGCCAGUGGGCCACGGGACUGGCGCCAGUCGGUACACAUGCCGGCCACCCGCCGACUACUCGCCGCGCUGCUGGCGCUCGCAGCAACGGCUGGAGUGCGACCUGAAUGGGUGAUUGGUCCGUGCACCCUGGAGUUGUCCACCAACUGCAGCAGCAAUGUCGUCUUCUACCUCUUUCACAGCGAGCACCCGGACGAGCCGGUGGAGCUGCGCCUGGAAGACGGCGAACAGCGGCUGGACGGCGUCUUCGACCCGCGCCGCCCCACCAAGGUGAUCGUGCACGGCUACGUGGGCGGCGUCGACUUCAACGUCACCAAGAUGGUCCGACAAGCGUACCUGCGCGCGGGCGGUCUGAACGUGCUGGUGGUGGACUGGGGCUACCUGGCGCCUUCGCCCUGCUACCUGGCCGCCGUGCUCAACACGCUGCACGCCGGACGCUGCCUCGCCGCCAUGCUGCAGCGGCUCCAGCGUAGCUACGGCGGCGGCGACGGCGACGCCCCCCUGGACGUGCACCUGGUGGGGCACAGCCUGGGGGCGCACAUCUCCGCCUUCGCCAGCAACCACCUGCAGGACGCCACCGGCUCCAGGGUCCGCAGGAUCACAGGGCUGGACCCGGCGCUGCCGUUCUUCGCGACGCUCAAGUCCUCCUGGAAGCUGGACCCAAGCGACGCCGACUUCGUGGACGCCAUCCACACCAACGCCGGCGUCUUCGGCAAGAUCGAGCCGUCGGGCCACGCAGACUUCUACGUCAACGGCGGCACACAUCAGCCCGCAUGCCGAGGAGCGCGCAAUGAGCCAGUGUGCUCGCACCUCAUGUCGGCGGUGUACUUCGCAGAGUCGGUGGAGAGCGAUGCGGGCUUUUGGGGUGUGCCGUGCCCAUCCUACUGGCAGCAUACUCUGGGCUGGUGCCCGGAUGGCGAGCAGGCACGCAAGCAAGCCGUCCUCAUGGGGGAGCACUGCCCCACAGGGACCCGAGGGGUAUUCAUUGUGGAGACAGCAGAAACACCACCUUUCGCAUUGGGAAACCAGCCGGCAACAACUACGACAACAGUGGCACCAGAGACAGCGGCUGACACUGACUAUGUGGCACAAUCCUAGCACUGUGACACCAUCCUGCAUGUGAGGACUUAAUCUGAUAAGACAUUAUGUUCCACCAGCAGAUAUGCUAUCUCGGUCUUCUUGUGACGGUGAGAUGUGGCAAGCUAACAGAAAUGGAAGUAGCAUCACUGUGACUGGUAUGCUUACACAUCAACACAUCCAAUAGAGGGAAAGCACUUUUCUCUUUUACCAUGUCAUAAAGGUUUAUUUCUUCUAAUGUCUGAUAAUUUCCAUCCUCACCUCUCACAUCCUUACUUCUCCUUUUUAGUUUUCUACUAUCUGUGCUCCCCCUACACAUAAAAUGCAGCAAAAAGGGAUUGUCAGGACUAACAAUACACAAUAGCCAAAUGAAACAACCUUACACUUAUUAUUUAUAAUUUGUAAAUACGUGAUCUUCUUUUUCAUCCCCAGUGUUUGUCCCACAGUGUACAGAAGUCUGCCUUUUUUGCUCUCUGGCUCCAGUAGGCAUAACCUUGAGCUUGGUCUUGGUGGAGACUCACUGGAGGAUAUCUAGCCAACAUUGUCUUGGUAUUCCCAUAGGUCAUUUACGAUUGACUUUCAAUGAAAACCAAAGACUUGCUAUUGUUUCUUGAUCUACUUGAAGAAAGCAUCCAUAUCGUCAUUGACAUCUUUCUCCCAUCUUCUUAACAACAGGUGCAUUUGGUACUGACUGUGAAUUCCAUCUUUGGUCACACAAUCAUGAAGUGUCAAUACACAGUCACCAGUAAUUUUUGAUAGAUCUGUCAUGUAAUUCAUUAUGGAAAUUAAAAUGCAUUUAAAGAUCCAAUAUUUUAUUCACCUGUAAUUCCUUUAUCUUUUUAGGUUGUCAGUCUUCUGAGUCCUGCCACAAUCUCUUCUUCUGUGCCAGUCUCUUAAUCUCAGCACCUGCACCAAACAUCCUCAAUUACACGUUGUAUGUAUUCCAGUCUCUGUCUUCCAGUAAACAAUUUUUCCUUUAUAGCUUCCUCUGGAAUCAUUCACAUUAUACUCUGAUAUCUUAAUACAUGCCCUGUCAUCCUGAUCCUAGUGUUUUCCAUACAUUCCUCUCUUUAUCACUUCUGUGGAGAAUCUCCUCAUUUCUUAUCCUAACAAUCUACUCCAUUUUCAGCAUCCUUUCUUAACAUCGUGUACCAAAUGAUUGGAUUCUUUUCUAUCCCAAUUUUAUUACACCCAAUAAUUCAUUUCCAUGCUUUAUAAUACCUCUGAGUGACACUCUCAGAAAUUUCUUUCUUAAGUUAACACCUAGGUUUCAUACCAGCAGACUUAUUUUAUGGAGAAUGCUCUUUUUUCUUGUGCUCAUUUGCUACUUAAAUCCUCAUUGCAUUAUUCAUCAUGUUUCCAAGGAGGCAAAGUUUCUUUACUUUGUCUACAGUGAGACAUGUUCCAUGCUGACUUACUCUCUCUCCCCCCUCCCGCUCUCUCUCUCUCUCUCUCUCUCUCUCUCUCUCUCUCUCUCUCUCUCUCUCUCUCUCUCACACACACACACACACACACACACACACACACACACACACACACUCUCUCUCUCUCUCUCUCUCUCUCUCACUCACUCACUAAGAACCUGUAUGCCUCAGUAGACACUUGCAUUACCUCAAUAUAGUCUCCAUUAAGCUGCACACAUUUGCGUCUCUGAUAUAGGUUCUCUGUAGGCCCUCCUAGGGGUAUGUUGUACCCACCACAGGUCAGCUGCUAACUGUUCCUGGGAAUUUGUGAAAUGGUGUCUAUUCUGAGGUUUCUUUGUGCCCCAUUCUGGCCAUUUCUUUUGAAUUGCAUGAUGUGAACUCCAAAGGGUCUCACUGUGCAUUCCAAAAGAAAUGGCCAGGAAAAUGGGUGAAGUGAAUGCUCUUUCAGCACAAUAACAUUCAUCCCCAUAUGACUGGAGCAAUCAUAGCUGUCGUUAUUGACAUGGGGUUCUAGGUGCUGCCACACUCUCCAUAUUCUCCUGACUUGUCCAUUAUGAUUACCAACUAUUCAGUGCUACAAAGAAACUCCUGCAUGGACAUCAUAUCACAGAUGUUCAAAAGACUGAGCAGCUGUCUGACGGUGAUGUGACAGACUCCAAAAACAUGAUUCGAAAAUGUCCGACACAUAAAGGUUUUUAAUAAGCAUAAAAAUAGUGUAAAUCAGUGUAAAAUGCCCCUCAUACAUGGUCCCAAAUUUCAAUAUAGUUUAUCAGUGAUUCAACAUCUGCUGGCUCCCUGAUACUUUCAUCUUUUUGGUUUAUUCUUGGUCCUUGUUCUUCUUACUUUAACUGCUCAUUCCAUUAAACAUGCCUUGUAAUCCUUCCUCACCUUAACAUAGAAUAAAAAUGUUGUCAAAAAGUUUUAUUAUUGACAUUCUUUCAUCCUGAAUUUUAAUUCUACUUCUGAAUCCUUAUUUUAUUUCCUUCAUUGCUUCUUUUAUAUAUAGAGUAUGCAGCUGCACAGGAAGACUGUGUACCUGUCUUAUGCCCUUUUUAAUCUGAAUGCUUCUCUCUUCGUCCCAUAUUAAUAUGCCAUAACUGAUUACAAAAACACCUAAGGAAAAUAUGAAGCAUGUUUUAGGAUUCCACUGACAAAGUUUUAAGUAUGACAGCCUCCACACACAAGCUCAUGAACCAAUGGUUCAUGAGUUAUGUACAUAAGGUGACUGUAAAGUUCUGAGAAUGAAUAAUGAGAAUUGUGUACGUAUUAUGUUUCAUUAAAGACAUAUUCAGAUAAAGUCAAAACAGGUGUUCAAAAUGUUUUCUCAGAAACUCGUCACAUAAUUGUUACUUUUGCUGCAAUCCUCUAUCGAGGAUAGCAGUAUUCUGUUUCAUGUCAUCAAAUACAUGGCUGAUUUGAGAAAUCAAUCAGCUAUGGUGACAAUAGGAGUAAUGUAAACAACUGUUUUGGCAGCCACCAAAGAAAUGAAUCAAGAUACAAUAAAUCAGGUGAAGACACUGACCAGGUAACAGAUCCUGCUUGACUUUCCCAUCGUUCCUAAGGUUUGCAGUUAGUUGUUCUCACACAUCAGCAAUGUAAAUAGAGAUAGCUGUGCAAAGAAAGUGGUAUUAUGACUAGCUGAUUUGUAAUUUUGGUGUGCAGAAUCUUGUAGUAAGAUUCUCCAAUUAAAUAAGGCUAAAAGAAGAACACUACCAAAAAUCGUUAUGAAAAUCUUUGUUAGUGACAACAAACAGUAAUUUACACAUAGGAUCUCAUUCUACAACUUAUAACCAUUCUGUUAAAAUAGCUGACUACUACAAAUUAUGCCUCUUCUGUGAAUAAUAGUAUUGCUGGAAAGCCAACACCAUUACUAUUAUUUUGAUGAAAAAACAAAUGCACAAAUGCCACACCAGAUUUGUAGUUGGAUCAUCCUAAUGUGACACGAUAUAGGUUAUACUCUUGAAGACCCUCUAAAUGAUCUAUGCCCAUAAUUUUUUACAAAGUGAUGAAGUGGCUAAGAGGUUGGACCCACAUUUAGGAGGACAUAGUUCAAGUCCAGAAUGAGAUUUUCACUCUGCAGCAGAGUGUGCACUGAUAUGAAACUUCCUGGAAGAUUAAAGAUUUAAACUGCGUGCCGGACCGAGACUUGAACUCAGUACCUUUGCCUUUUGCAGGCAGGUGCUCUACCAUUGCAGGAGAGCUUCUGUGAAGUUUGGAAAGUAGGAGAUGAGGUACUGGCGGAAGUGAAGCUGUGAGGUUGGGGCAUGAGUCAUGAUUGGGUAGAUCAGAUGGUAGAGCACUUGCCCACAGAAGGCAAAGGUCACGAGUUUGAGUCUCGGUCUGGCAUACAGUUUUAAUCUGUCAGGAAGUUUCAUGGUUCAAGUCACCACCCAGUCAGCCAGAUUAAAUUGUUUAAGGCAAAUGUUGUGAUUGUCCCUUUGAGAUGUACACUGUUGAUUUCCUUUCCUUUCAAUGUCCUGUGUAAGCUUUUGCUCCAACUCUGACAACACGAAGAUGGCUAAGAUGUUAAAUUCUAAUCUUCCUUUAUCAAUGCACCAAUUACUUAUGCUACAGCAUGCAUACCAAUUGGAACUGCAUUGCUAAAGCUAUCGAUCAAAAUCUAGUGUUAUCACAGCAUCCUUUCCACUGCCAAGAUGCCUAUGGUGAAGACUGUCAGUUUUGCAAAGGUGUUGAAACGUAUAACAGUUGUGCUGCAUUCAAGAAGCCAGUCCAUGUACUUGCAACAAGAAUAUCUUCAAUUACAUAUUAUCUCAUCAUGAUUCAUUCCCAUACAAGUGAGAUAAAACAGUUCAUAAUCUAAGUGGACACAACCCCACAACCAAACAACUGGUAAGGCACAGUUGAAGUUUAGAAGCAGAACAACUCACUACAAGCUGGCUAUGAUUAGUUUUGUGCCAUUAUCAAGGCACUACACUCAUGCUCAUAACUUAUAGGAAAGACGUUAUGCUUGUUAAUAAAAAAAGAAAUUGUACACUUGUUAAUACAAAAAAAAUUGUACAUGUUGCUGUAUAGUUUAAUAAUGACAUAAUUGAAACUUUCACUACAAACUCCUACAAUUUGUAUUUAGCCUUAAAUAGAAAUAAUUUUUUUUAAAUAAAAAGAAUGUAUGAUGGAAAAUUUCAUAAAACAAGAUUAUCUCAGUUAUUUAAAUCUUCCUUGUGUGCCAUGUAUAGAACAGCUGGUACCAAAAUUAAAUUUACGCCAACCAACACUUCAUUGAUAAGGGUUAAUGGAAUUAUACAGAGUUCACACCUGUAAUGAAAAACAAAUCAAUAUUCAUAAAUGCAAGAGUGAAGUUAUUAUUUCUUGUAACUAUCUCAGUUUUAGAUACAUAAACAGGAGGUUGGAUUAGCAACAGAAAUUUCAACCAGUGUAUAACUUCUGAAGCAUAGCUAUGUAACAUUGCACAUGAUCAUUGAUAAUGGAUAAAUGAUACCUAGCUUAAAUUAUGAUCACAUAUAUUUAAAAAGCUAUGUUGUACAAUAUUGUAACACUAAUAAAUAAAAUUUGUGGUUACAAAUGUAUUCUGUUCAAUAAAUUGAAUAAGUGAGUUA